AUUUGUUUUAUUAUUUUUUUAAUUAUAAUAUUAUUUUUUAAAUAUAUUUUUAUUUUUUAAGUUUUAUAUUAAAUUUGUAAAUUAUCAAUGACAUUCCCAUGAUAAAUAAAAAUAUGCUUAAAUUGCUAAAAAUAAUUUUUAUUUAAUUAGAUUAUAUAAUGACUGGAUCUGGAGGCGAAUUUUCUAUUUCUGAAUUUCAGAAGUUAUGCGAGUAUGUAUCUUCCUCGGACGAAUCUGGAGAAUUAGAACCCAAUCCCUCAGCUUCUGAGAUUCCCGAGCAACUUAAUUUAAAUCCUACUGAAUCAUCUUCAUCAGAUGAGGAAAUUGAUGUAAACUUUAAUGACCUCCAAUCCCUCAUAACAGAAUCCAAACCUAAGCCUAAGCAAAACAAUAUCAAGGACAUAGAUGCAUUAUUUGCUAAAAGUAAAUUAAAUUUGAAAAAGGAAAACGAACUAAAAAUGAAAAAUAAACAGAAAGCUGCACAGCUGAUGAGGCAUUUUUCCAAGUAUAAAGAUAAGAAAGAGGAAGUUGUUGAAGAAGUUACCUUCAAGGAAUGGCACGUACCUUUAAUGGAAAUUCCCACUAGAGAGCAAGAACCAAAACCAAAGAGGAGGAAGCAAAAGGACAAUGAUUGA